UCUCAGUUUCUUAUCUGUAGACAACGCAAUCAACACUGCUUCGGUGCUCCAGGCGCCUAAGGGCUUUCGUCGCAGGGAUGCCGAAGCGCGGGAAGAAGGCGGCGGCAGAAGACGGGGAGGAACCCAAGUCCGAGCCAGAGACCAAGAAGAGUAAGGGGGCAGCAAAGAAAAACGAGGAGGCCGCAGGAGAGGGCCCUGGCUUGUAUGAGGACCCUCCAGAUAAGAAAACCUCACCCAGUGGCAAAUCUGCCACACUCAAAAUAUGCUCUUGGAACGUGGAUGGGCUUCGAGCCUGGAUUAAGAAGAAAGGCUUGGAUUGGGUAAAGGAAGAAGCACCAGAUAUCUUGUGCCUCCAAGAGACCAAAUGCUCAGAGAACAAACUCCCGGCUGAACUUCAGGAGCUGCCUGGGCUCACCCACCAGUACUGGUCAGCGCCAUCAGACAAGGAAGGAUACAGUGGUGUGGGCCUGCUUUCCCGCCAGUGCCCACUCAAGGUCUCUUACGGCAUUGGUGAGGAAGAGCACGAUCAAGAAGGCCGGGUGAUUGUGGCUGAGUUUGACUCCUUUGUCCUGGUAACCGCCUAUGUUCCUAAUGCAGGCAGGGGUCUGGUGAGACUGGAGUACCGACAGCGGUGGGAUGAAGCCUUUCGAAAGUUUCUGAAAGACUUGGCUUCGCGAAAGCCACUUGUGCUGUGUGGGGAUCUCAAUGUGGCUCAUGAAGAAAUUGACCUUCGUAACCCCAAAGGAAACAAAAAAAAUGCUGGCUUUACUCCCCAGGAGCGCGAAGGCUUUGGAGAAUUGCUACAGGAUGUGCCCCUGGCCGACAGCUUCCGGCAUCUCUACCCCAGCACGGCUUAUGCUUAUACUUUCUGGACUUAUAUGAUGAAUGCUCGGUCCAAGAAUGUUGGCUGGCGCCUUGAUUACUUUUUAUUGUCCCACUCUCUUUUACCUGCACUGUGUGACAGCAAGAUCCGUUCCAAGGCUCUUGGCAGUGAUCACUGUCCCAUCACCCUUUACCUAGCACUGUGACACUCUCCUGAAGUGGCUUUAUGCCAGGGGAGCAGCCUCCUCUCCCCAGAGAAGUCCAGUGUGAUCUUCUCUUCUUUAGCUGUCCUUAGGCCCCAGGGCUUUGUUUUUGUGUGUCCCCUGUUUUAAACAUUAAAACCAAACUUAACAAUCCAAGUAAAAAUAAAAGGCCCUAUGUACUAUUUUGCUGUCUUUGUUUUCCCUUUGUGAAUCUACAAAUUCCUUUUCAUUUUUUCAUACACAAAA